AUGUGCAGCGAGGUGGCGGAGACGGAUGUGCAGCAAGGAGGGGUGGAUAUGGACCAUGGCAGAGAGAUGGAUGUGUGGCAAGGAGGAGGGAUGGAUGUGCAGCAAGUUGAGAGCAUCCAUGGUCUCAGUGCUCACUCUGCCCUGUGCACUCCCAGGUAUAAGAGCGUGGUGACACCCCGAAGGGCGGCAGUGGCCAUCGCUUGCUGUUGGAUCGUCUCCUUUCUGGUGGGACUUACCCCUAUGUUUGGCUGGAACAACCUGAACAAGAUGAGGAGGACUCAGGAGCUGAACGCCAGCCACACAGAGUUUGUCAUCAAGUGCCAGUUUGAGACAGUCAUCAGCAUGGAGUACAUGGUGUACUUCAACUUCUUCGUUUGGGUCCUGCCUCCCCUGUUGCUGAUGCUUCUCAUCUACCUGGAAGUCUUCAACCUCAUCCGCAAGCAACUCAACAAGAAGGUCUCUUCCAGCUCCAACGACCCUCAGAAGUAUUAUGGGAAGGAGCUGAAGAUCGCCAAGUCGUUAGCACUGGUCCUCUUCCUCUUCGCGCUCAGUUGGCUCCCUCUGCACAUCCUCAACUGUAUCACCUUGUUCUGCCCAUCCUGCGAGACACCUCACAUCCUCACCUAUAUCGCCAUCUUCCUCACCCAUGGCAACUCAGCCAUGAAUCCCAUCGUCUACGCCUUCAAGAUCAAGAAGUUCCGGACAGCCUUUCUGCAGAUCUGGAACCAGUACUUCUGCUGCAAAACCAACAAAAACGCCAGCACCACCACAGCCGAGCUGGACAACUAAGAGCUGGGACUGAGCAGAGUGGGGUCCUCCAUGCCCAGGGAAGGGGUGGUGAGGACCUGGGAGGGCUGAGUUCACCAGCCCUGUGCAAUCUGAACAGCCAUGUCCCCCAGCUGCCCCAGGGGGUUAUUUAUUCACAGCAUCGUACUGUUUUGAUAUUGUAGCCUGCACUGUUCCUUUCCUUUUUUGUUUUUUUUUUUCCUGUUUGUUUUUGUUUUUUGUUUUUUUUAAGGGUUGCCAAGUAUUUAAGGAGAAAUUGUACAGACAAAGGCGCAGUUUAUCAUCAUGCAAAUAAAGUCAAAAUGAUUAAAA